AUGGUCCAAAGAUUGUAGCUUUUCUUGAUUUUUCUGAGCUUGCCUCUACUACUUGAGCUUUUUUAUGAUUGAUUCUUUAUUUGAUGAUUCAUUUCUUGAUACCCUUUUUGGGUUUUGUGUCAUUCAUGAGCUUGACUUGAUGAGUGGUCGAUUCAGUUUCAGCUAUUGUUCAAAGAUUGCAACUUUUUUUCCUACUGAGUAUCAUUUCUUGAUUUUCUGUAUUCUUUGUUGUUUUGGAGCUCGUAUAGUACUUUGGUUUCAACGACUGUUUGUUGGUUUGAUGAUUAUACUUGGUCAUUUCUUGGUUUUUGCUCGAUUCUGAUUUUGGAGUUUAUGCUAUUGAUGAGCUUGACUUGAGAUUUUACGUUUCAAAUUUAGGUGCCAAGAACUGCAAAAUUAGGAUUUUUUUUUUCUUUUGGUAAAAGUGGAGGGUUUGAAUCACUGGUCGAUAGUAGUUGAUUGGUGGAGUUGAAAAUUUGGAGGAGAUGUGGGGUGAAAAUGUCGAAGCUAACAUUGAUAUGAUGCGGAGGCUUCAAUCAUCAUUCGGGCAAUCAUCUUCUUCCCUCCCAAAACACCAACCUAUUUUGACAAACCAACUUGACAUACCCCAGUUGUCUACUUCUCAGUUCCAUGGUCAAAUGCCACAGUUUUCUCCAAAUUUUGGUGUUGAAAAUAGCGCCAAAAGAGUUGUCUUAUCGCCUUCUCAUCCACAAAUGCCCCCUAUUUCGCCAUAUUCUCAUAUCCCAGUAAGCAGGCCGACGAGUCAGCAUCUAGGUAUGCAGAGUUUUACUACUCAAGGGCCCUCACAUUCACGAUCUUUAUCGCAAUCAUCUUUUUUCUCACUUGAUUCCUUGCCGCCUCUGAGCCCUUCACCAUAUAAGGAAUCCUCUUCGACGUUCAUCUCUGACCCUGUAGUGGCUGAUGUGUCAAUGGAGGAUCGUGAUGGCAAUUUACAUUCUUCAUUGCCGCCCUCACCUUUCUCUAGGUGUAAUUCAUCUAGGGUAGGGGAGAGUCUUCCUCCUCGUAAUGCUCAUAGAAGGUCUAACAGUGAUAUCCCUUUUGGCUUUUCUAGUGUCACGCAGCCCUCACCACCGCUUGUUCCAUCAAGGAGUCCUGGUGCUCUAGAAAGGUCAGCUUCUUCAAGGGAUAAUGCUGGUGGUAAGCCAGCACAGUUGGUUAAACGUGAAGGCUUUUGGGAUAAAAGCAAUGAUAGUAAUGCUGAGGGAAUGGGUGAAAGAAAAUCUGAAGGAGAAGUCGUAGAUGACCUGUUUUCCGCGUAUAUGAAUUUGGACAAUAUUGAGUCAUUGAACUCCUCCGGUAUGGAUGAGAAGCAGGGUAAUGAGAACUGUGAAGAUUUAGACAGUAGAGCUAGUGGUACCAAGACAAAUGGAUGUGAUAGCAGUGACAAUGAAGCGACAAGCAGUGUGAAUGACAAUGGCAGCAGUAUGCAGACACUAGGGUUGUCAUCAUCAACUGAGAAGAGGGAGGGGAUCAAAAGGAGUGCUGGGGGAGAUAUUGCGCCAACAAUCAGACACUACAAGAGUAUUUCAAUGGACAGUUUUAUGGGGAAGUUAAACUUUGGUGGUGAGUCGCCAAAAUUGCCUCCAUCCCCUGGACCACACCAUGGCCAACUCUCACCCACAAAUUCACUUGAUGCAAAUUCAGAUAGUUUCAGUUUAGAGUUUGGUAAUGGCGAAUUCAAUGGAGCUGAAUUGAAGAAAAUUAUGGCAAACGAGAAACUUGCAGAGAUAGCCUUAGCAGAUCCGAAACGUGCCAAAAGGAUUUUGGCCAACCGUCAAUCUGCUGCUCGUUCAAAAGAGAGAAAGAUGAUAUAUAUUGCGGAGUUAGAACAAAAGGUACAAACCUUACAGACUGAAGCCACCACAUUGUCUACUCAAGUAACUCUGUUGCAGAGAGAUUCUUCUGGGCUCACAAGCCAAAACAACGAGCUAAAGUUCCGACUGCAAUCCAUGGAGCAACAGGCUCAACUCCGUGAUGCUCUAAAUGAAGCAUUGACUGCUGAAGUUCAACGCCUGAAGAUUGCUACUGCUGAGCUAAAUGGAGAUGCUGCCAAGUUUCAGCAGCUUUCUCUCAAUCCCCAGAUGUUCCAGUUGCAGCGGCAACAGGCUACUCAAUUGAACAUGCAUCAGUUGCAGCAAUCAUCUCAGCACCAAAAGCAGCAGCUCAAUAGCAGUGCACCUGCAAAGCACGAAUCAAAGAAAAAAAACUUAAGGUGUGGUUAGUAUCUAUCAGGCAUGCCUGUCCAUUUGAGUUACUGGUCAUAUAUAUAUAUAUAUAGAGAGAGGCUUCUGAUGUAAACACAGUUCGUUCUUUGAGAAACGACGAUCUUUGGACUCAAGAUUAUAUGUAUGUACUCAUGAGAGAAAAUGAUCAAAAUAGUCCUUAUGGAGUUUGAAGUGUUAUGGUCCU